AAUACUGUUCUUUUGCAUGAGAUGAUCCUAGUAGGCCUUCGUAGAUAGGGACUAGGAAGCUAGAGGUAAUUGAUGUGUUACAUUUAAUGGAUAGAUUUUCCUUUUUCACUUCCUUCUUUACGAAUGCCUGUAUAACACGUUUACCUUACAACUGUACAGGUGAUCAGAAAAAUAUCAUGAAUUUAACAGGUGCGACAAAUAAUGUGUCCGAUAUGGAACCGGAAGUACUACUCCAACAGCUUAAUGACAAGGCCGCUAUUAGGUUCCUCCCCGUCAUUAUCUACCUGGUUCUGCUGAUGAUUAUCGGGACAUUCGGAAAUAUUAUGGUCAGCAUUGUGUAUCUAAAGAAGAGAACAAAAUCUUCGUCGGAUUAUUUCAUCCUGAACCUAGCAUUCCUGGACCUUCUCACGUGUCUUAUUGGAGUUCCCGUGGAAAUCGCGGAUCUACGAUAUCCAUACAUGUUCUAUGCGCCAGCGGCAUGUAAGCUUUUGAGGACAAUCGAAUCCUUAUCAAGCAUGGGCUCUACUCUAACGUUGAUGGCGAUUUCAGUGGAUAGAUACAAACGUAUAUGUAAGCUCGGUGAAAGGUUUUCAAAUCAGAGGGCGAAGCGCCUGUGUGUAGGCGCUGUUUUGAUAGGCGUCUUGACGUGCUGGCCUGCUGCCGUAGUGUUUGGAAAGAAGUCUGUUGAUGUCGGAAUUCCAGGGGCAAACGCUGUUGACUGUUCCACGGCUGACGAGAUGAGAAAAACAAUCUAUCCAUUGUUGUACUAUGGGACUGUUAUGUUGUAUUUCAUCGUCUGUGUGAUAUUCGUGACGUUUGUCUAUGUUCGUAUAUCUAUUUUUAUUCAAAGAGGGAAAUCGAUGCAGAAGAGAGACAAAGGACAAACAUCUAUGUCACCUUUGCCGUCUGUAGGCCUUCAACAAAAUAGCGAGGAGCAAACUAGCGGGUCUUCUGAACAAGGUGAAAUAAGAAUCAUUAAAAACAACAAGAAUGGCGGGAAAAUGGUGAAUACUAUUAAAGUGACCAGGACGACCACGAUAUUUGUCGUCGUCACUGUAGUAUUCAUUCUGAGUUAUCUCCCUUUCCUUGUAGUCAUGGUUACGAGAAACAUCAAGAAAGACUUCGAGGAAAUUCUGUCACCCACCGCGGAAGUGUUUUACAAAUUCUGUUUGAAGUCUUACUUCAUUAACAAUGCCAUUAAUCCUAUAAUCUACAGUUUUCUGAACAAAAAUUUCAGAUUGGAAGUGAUUAAAGUGUUCAGAUGUCGUAAAUAACCUUUGACAUUCAUCAAACUCAACUGUCAAAUUCUAUGCAUAGUCAUACUUAAUGAUAUCAUAGUGUGUUACAUAUUUGUACUUUAAUUAAUGCAGUAAGACAAAGCUUGGCGUGGUGCAAUAGGAACUGGCAGAACAGGAAUGUUGCUUGAUUCAUAAUCUAAAAGUAGUGCAGUGGCGUAGCUUCCAUUGAGGCAACCGAGGCAGCUGCCUCGGUAAAAACAAAAAAAAAAAAAAAAAAAACAACAACAAAAAACACACCUUUUACGUUGUUAAAAUGUCGAUAGCUUCUGGGGGGCUGCGCCCCCAAGACCCCCUGCCUCGGUAAUAUUCGAACCCAAGCUACGCCUAUGUAUUGACAAUGAAACUACAGUGUGGUGCAACGAUGUUUCAUAGUAUAGUAAUAUGUGCGUAUGUGUGUGUGUGUGAGAGAGAGAGAGAGAGAGAGAGAGAGAGAGAGAGAGAGAGAAGUGGAUAAAGAAUAGAGAAAAAAGGAGAUGGAGAGAAAAAACCCAGAGAGAAAAUAUUAAGGGUAUCUACUUAUGAUUCAUGUAGUCAACUCAGUCAUUUGAGAUUUUAUCGCUGAACUAUGUAGUUGUAUCUUUACUAUUAUUGUUGAUAUAAAGACAAAUUUGGCAUGAAAUAAAAUGAUUCAGAGAUUACUAAUUGUACUGAAAAGGGAAAAACACACACAUGCGACCAGGAAGUAUUUUUCUUUAUAAAUGACGUCUGCAGUU